AUCGAGAUCUUUAAGCCUUUAUCGCGUGUAGGUUGUUUAUUAUAGCCGCGCGCGCGCAUUUGCGGCUCAUUUUGUAUUGGAGAACGCGGUGCGCGCCUGGCUCGCAGCCACCAACCAGGAGCCCUUUUGAAUGAGGUUCCAAAUGUAAAUUUUCGUACGCACAUACAGUACAUCAGUGGCUUGAUAGAUUUGCGUCGUGUUCAUUUUUUUUUUUUAAUUUAAUUAUUGUGUUUAGUGUAAGAACUUUUUGUGGAAUUAUUUGAAAAUGAAUGGUCCCGCAUCAAGUUACAACAUGUCUAUUGUAGAUUCGUACAAACGGUUCAUGGAGAGAAACAGUGAUCCUCGAACGGAAAACUGGUGGCUGAUGUCCGGCCCUGGUCCCCUGAUCACACUUCUCGCCACGUACUUAUACUUUUGUACUUCAGUUGGCCCUCGAUACAUGAGGGAUCGGAAGCCCUACUCCUUGAAGAAUACCAUUGUUUUUUACAACAUUUCACAAAUAUUGUUAAGCAUAUUUUUGGUUUAUGAGGGUUUAGCUUCCGGUUGGUGGAAUGACUACAACUAUUCCUGUCAACCGGUGGAUUAUUCAGAUAGCCCAAAAGCUCAACGAAUGGCAGCAGCUGUCUGGUGGUACUUCUUUGCAAAGAUAGUUGAAUUACUGGAUACAAUAUUCUUCGUACUAAGAAAAAAGAAUAAACAGAUAUCAUUUUUGCAUCUUUACCAUCACACAAUGAUGCCAAUUUGCGCUUGGAUCGGCGUCAAAUUCCUACCAGGUGGCCACGGAACCCUUCUUGGUGUAAUCAACUCAUUCAUCCAUAUCAUCAUGUACACUUACUAUCUCAUAUCGGGUCUUGGUCCGCAAUACCAGAAGUACAUUUGGUGGAAGAAGCACCUAACCACCAUGCAACUGAUUCAAUUCAUGAUUAUAUUCUAUCAUAACUUCAGCGUUAUGUUCGAUGAAUGUAAUUAUCCAAAGUUCAUCAAUUUCCUACUGUCUCUCAACGCGGGCUUGUUCCUAUACAUGUUCGGUAACUUUUACUACAGGAGCUACGUUAAAGGGGGUAAUCAAGAAAAGUGUAUAGAUGAUUCAAGUACCACUAGGAUAGUUGAAAAUAAGUCAAAGGAUUGUUAGCGAAUAACGUGCUCAAAUAAUUUAAUGUUAUUUUAAAUGUGAUUUUAUGUUAUUAUAUUUUAAAUAGAUUUAAGCAAUUCAGACGUGGUGACUGAUUUUCAUAUCAAAUAGGUAAAGGUUCUCGGCAAUAUUCCAAAUGUUUUAUUACAUCAUGAAUUUAUUGCAAGUGUUGAGUUUUAA